GGUGGGCGGUGGCGGGUGCAGCUGCUGGUUGUGGUGUCGCUCCUUCAUUCCAGCCCACUCUCAUCAUGGACGAGCAGCGAGAGACUCUGCAAAGGAUUGUCUCUACUCUAGCGAACAAAAAUGAUGAAAUUCACAACUUCAUUGACUUGCUGAACCAUACAAUAAAAAAUGUUCAGGUAAACUCUUCUAAUGCAAUCAGUGAGCUGGAUGAAGAGUUUGAGGGUCUGUAUGCUAUAUUGGGUGAAAUGAAAGGGGCUAUGGCCAACACUAUUCAGCAAGAAGAGGCUCGUAAAAUUCAAGCUCUGCAGGAUCAACUUAGCCAGUGUAGUAAUGCUCUGGAGAGCUCUGAAGAGCUGUUGGAACUUGCUGCACAGUCUCUGGACAUAGAGGACUCUGGAAAAUUCUUGAAGGCUGCCAGACAGAUCAAAGAUAGAGUCACAAUGGCUCCAGCGUUCCGCAUCUCUCUGAAACCAAAGGUCAGUGAUAGUAUGACACAUUUGAUGGUGGACUUCACUAUGGAAAGACACAUGCUCCAGGCUGUAAAGUUUUUGCCAGUCCCUAAAGCUCCAGAAAUAGAUCUAUCAGCAUGUCUGGUUGCAGAUAACUGUGUAACAGUAUCGUGGAGAAUGCCUGAAGAAGACAGCCGAAUUGAUCAUUUUGUACUGGAGUAUAGGAAAACCAACUUUGAUGGGCUUCCUCGAGUGAAAGAUGAAAAGCGCUGGGAACUGAUAGACUAUAUUAAAACUACUGAAUAUACAUUGUCAGGUCUGAAAUUUGAUACAAAAUACAUGAACCUGAGAGUACGAGCUUGCAACAAAGCUGUGCCAGGGGAAUACUCCGAUCCUGUGACUCUGGAAACCAAAGCAUUUGUGUUCAGUUUGGACAGUACUUCAUCUCAUCUGAACUUAAAAGUUGAAGAUACCUAUAUUGAAUGGGAUCCUACUGGAGGCAAAGUCCAAGAGAAAGUAAAAGGGAAGGAAAAUAAAAGCAGAAGUGGUGCACUGUCUCCAAAGAAGACAUCUAUUGUUGGAAGAUCCCCAAUGAGGGGCAGCAGAGAUCGUUUUGCUGGUGAAUCAUACACAGUAUUGGGAGACACUGCUGUUGAAAGUGGACAGCAUUACUGGGAGGUGAGAGCCCAGAAGGACUGCAAGUCCUACAGCGUGGGAGUAACAUACAGAAACCUGGGGAAAUUUGACCAACUGGGAAAGACCAAUUCGAGCUGGUGCAUCCAUAUCAACAACUGGCUGCAAACCACAUUUUCAGCAAAACAUAAUAAUAAAACAAAGACUCUAGAAAUACCUUUUCCAGACAGAAUAGGAGUGUACUGCGACUUUGAUGGAGGUCAGCUCACAUUUUAUAAUGCAGACUCAAAGGAGCUGUUACACACUUUCAGAACAAAGUUUACCCAACCAUUAUUGCCAGGCUUCACGAUCUGGUGUGGUGGGCUUACAGUGAGUACUGGAUUACAGGUGCCAAGUGCUGUGAAAACACUCCAGAAAAGUGAAGUUGGAUUGAGUGGUUCAACAAGCAGCCUAAACAAUGUUGCCUAGUAAUUUCUGUUAAGCCCAUUGCUGGAUUUUUUUCUUCUGUGUAAUUACUACACACAGGACCUUGUGAGAAUUGGAUUAAAUUGGGUUUGCUACCUACUGUUGUUUAAGGCCUAGGUACUGAUAGUGCAGAGGUCUGGGGCUAAAUUGUUAGGAACCUACUGUAAAUCCAGAUGGAUAACUGAACUGUUGCCUAUUUGAAAAAAUAAGUGCAGAAAUCAAGAGCUGUAACUGUGUACUUUUUCUAAUACUGUAUUUAAGCAUUUUGUUAUGGACUUGAAUAUUAGUUUUGUUACAUUAUUUUUCUAUGAAGAAUAUAAUAAACACAUUUUACUAGCUCUCCUAAAAUGAAUGAUUUGACUACGAUAUUUUUUUUAAUUACUGGACUCUUCAUUAGAACUUAACAUGCAUUUCAAAAGAAUAUUGAUUUGCCAGCCCAGCCUGACAAAAUAUCACAGCCAUAUGACUUAAAGAAUAUUACAAGAAGUUACAAGCCUGAUCGAAAGACACACCAAGAACAAUCUGUGAUAUUUUUUUUUCCUGAUUAAAAAAAUCCCCCGGUUUCCUGUGAAUAAAUUCCCAUUUAAAUACCAUAUUUUUGGAGUUUGACCCCUAUCUAUCACAAAUUACAGAAAAUGUAAAAAUGUGAAAGUAUUUAAAAACAUUCUUAUGUUCUCAGUGAAGAUGUAUUAUGACAGGCAGCCAGUACUUAAGGUAACAGGCUUGCAAGCAAAAAUCUAGAGCUUUUAGAAAACUGUAGCAUGGUACUGCUCCCUCAGAAGCUCUUAAUUUGGGUCAUCUCUUGCCUUUCCAGUUUUAGGGCAUUAUACUAAUUGCAUUCUGAUAAUCAACAGUUCAUGUUGUUCAUCAAGUGUAAAUGAUGAAUUUUUUUCUGCUGACAGCAAAGCUGUAAUGCAGCAGAGGCUGGGAACAGGAGUGCGAGAGCUUCAGUUUUAAGCGCAUCUCCCCAGAGAAGAAGGGAUAGGUGAGCUACUGCUAAAACAUCUUUAAUCUUUUUAUCAAGCCAGCUUUAAGGCUGGCUAAAACUACUCUAACAACUUUGUCAAUAUCGAAGCGGCACUAAAUUGCUGGUGAUAGAGUGGUACCUGCUGAGGCCAGGCAUACAUUUGUGCUACCUGUUUUGACUAGCAUACCAGGGAUUCCUGGAACUUUCUGGUUAACCAGAGAAGUAAAAAAGAUGUAGCUUAUAUAUUUAGUAUUCCACUCAACUUACUAGCUUAUACUAUAUGCCACAUAUAUGUGGCUAUAAGACUGGCUUUCAGAGAAUUGGAUUCUAAAUGGUGUUUGUGUAGCCUCUAGCUUCCUGGGAUUUUGUUUGUUUGUUUCUUUGUUUUGUUUUUUAAGGGCAAGGAAAAAGCAGAAAGUGAGGAAACGGUUUGCCAGCUAACUUGUGAUCUGUUCCUGGAUCUGUGGUUAUAAAUGGCUGUUCACCAGUCACGUGAAAUGUUGGGCCUGAGUGUUUCAUCAUCUCAGCUCCUAAUUGGAAGCUUAAUGACAAUAGUCAAAUGAUUCAUAAUAGUGGGAGAGCUAAAGAAAAAUCAUGUUAUAUUCUUCGUGGAAAAUCCUAACAUUUCAAUGAGAAUUGCUUGUGUAUUGAAUCUAUUUAAACCUGCUUUCUUCCUUUUACUCAAAUCCAGGAGUCUGGAAAUAAUUUUCAGAUGCACACUUGAAUUGUCUGUUUCCUAACUGAACAUUUUUUUCCUCGUAUCACCUGAAAACUGUUUCAAAUUCAUGCUUGUAGGGCCUAUAAUGAAAGGGCUCUUUUCCUACAGGGCCAAUGUACUUUCUUCUGUGUAUCUUUUAUUCUGUGAAAACGUAACCAUCUAAUCAUGCUAAAUUUUGUCCAUCAAGAUGUGUCAAGAGGAACAGAAAUGUCUUGAAACAACUCAUAAUAAACUGGUUAUGAUGCUCAGUGGAAAAAAAAAAAUUAUUGCCUGUUCUAGACAUUUUUGUUUCUCUUGAGAAAUCAUGGAUUUGACAGAACAGUUGAACUGUUAAUUUCAUAUCUGGAACUUGAGCAUCUCUAAAUAUCUGCAUUGUGAGCAAAGUUAACUGUAAUCACUUUUUCAGAGAGAAGUGCAAAACAAUUCCCAGUUUAGCUGUACCUUCCUCUACCACUUUAGUGUUUUGGAUCUUGAAACAAGGAUAGUGGAAGGUGACAUCAUUCUUAAGAGAACGGAGUCUGAAUCUCUUUCACACAGUAUCUAGAGAUGUUGUUACAUAAGUUUUCCUGUAAUGACUACCUGACUGGGAGUUCUAGAGGCUUACCUGCUGCAAAUUCUGUGGUAUGUGAGAAAGUGGGACUUGCAUACUGAGACCCCAGUGAUGUUCAGAGAGAGGAGGGUUGAGCAGAUGCUUCUUCUUCUGAGACUCAUUCUAUUGGAUGACUGUGGCAGACAUUGAGAUAGGCUAGUACCUGUUCAUGCUGCUCAGUCAUCAUCUCGAUCUGGGGUGCUCAGCUAAAGUUCCUCUUUAAAUUUCCCUUUUUGGAAAGAAAGGGAACGUUUCCAUUAAGUUAAUGUUUAGUGAAGAAACAACCAUGAGUAAUCUCUAGCCCUGCAUAAGAACAUUUACAUUAUGAAGGUUUUUUAGCAAGAUGUUGUAUAACCUGCAAGGUAAAUUUGAUAUGCACAAUGUAAAAAUGUAAUUUUUCUUUAACACCGUUAGAAGAAAGCUUGAAGUAUUUCAUACUGUGACUUGUGACUUGCAAUUUUUAGUUUAACCAAUGUCCUAAAUUAACCUUACAUGUGACUUUUUGCCCUUAAAGGUUGGAUUUGAUAUAUAAUAGUUUGCACAGAUGUUAAAUUUUUGCUGCUAACAGCUAGUCCAGUUGUUUUUAGUAAAUGGGGAUAUGAAGAAUUGCCUUAAGCACUUUAGAUUUUUUUUUUAGUCAUCUUCUUUCUGAGCUAGUGUCUGUCCAGUACGAAUAUAUUAGUGAUACUUUGUUGGAGGUGGUGCACUGUUUGUACCUGCAGCUAGACAGGGGUGCAUGCAGUCUGUGAAGUUACUUUUUCCUAGGGCAAUCCACUUCAGGGACUAGAGGGACUGUUUUUUUUGGCAGUGGAUUAGACCUUAUGAAGGUCUGUCAGUUCACCCUGUACUUAACACAAAAUAUAAUAUGCUUAGUGGCUUUAAAACUCCCUCAGCCUCUCUGCUCUGGAGUUGAUGCUGUUUGGUGGCUAGUCGGGAGUUUUCUUCUGUAUGACCAAAAUGAGGUUUGGUUUUUUUUUUUUUUUUCAAAUGCUGGUUACUGGUAUUCUCUCAAAAUAACCUCAAAGUAACUUGUGAGGAACUGAAGGUCUCCCUUGUGGUUGUAAUAUAUCAGAAAACAGUAGCUUUCAUUGUUUCUAUUGAAAACUUGUGUGAACCGCAACAAGGGAUGCUGAUUUUGGAAAGGAUGAUUUAAAAGCAUCCAGGUGACAAGUGCUUCUCCAGAUACCAAAUAUGGGUGGCAGGUUUGCUUCUGGUACAUCCUUUAAGCAGAAAAAGUAGAGGCUAAUGGACAGGUCCCAUUCCCCACUCCUGGCGUAACUGCCCUUUCACGUUAAGGCUGGGGAAUCAGACUGGUUCCCUUAGGGAAAUCAUCUGACCUAGCCAUGUUUUGGUCUGUUUGUGAUCACAGGUUAUGAAUGUGAUACAUAGUUUGAUAGACAACGACAAUGAUUUCUGUCUGUAAUUGCUCCCUUGCCUCACUUGAACUCUGACAGCCUGAACUGUUGGAACCAUUGGAAGGGGAUGCCUGGAUGUGGUUUUCCCUUCUCCUCUGGGCCAUAGGCCGAGCAGGGCGGAUCCUCUGUUGGCUGGUUGCCCCCGCCGUCCUCGGCAUCAUCUGGCAAGGCUCGUCUGUGCGGCUGGAGAGUGGCCGCCGGGUUCAUGCAGACGUUGCUCUGCAUCUCAGGUAUUUCCCAAUGAGUGCAUCGCCCUUGUGGAGAGCACCCUGAGGAAGGAGGCCGCUGGGUGCCGGGCCGCGUCGCAGGGCUGCCUCCGAGCCCGCGGAGUAUUCUCAUGUCCUUGACUU